AUGGUCAAUCAAGAAAAUGUCAAAUCUAAUUCUCUAUGUUCUUCAGGACCUAGCAUAUUGAACAGAGACAAAAGCAUGCAAGUUCAUCCUGAAGUGCAAAAAGCCAUUGAAAAGGCAAAAGUAAAGUUUCUUCCAGCUGAAGAAGCCAUCAGUUUUAUACCUGGCACCAAAACAAGACAGGUUAACCACAGUAAUUGGGGUACUCCAUCUGUUUCUGUAUCCAAGAGGACUAUUGCUGGGGCUCAGAAUGUCACUUCUAAGUGUCACCCGCUGACAAAAAAUACACAUUUUGGUUCUACUGCUAAACGGCUAAAAACCAUUGGACUGGAAGAUAGACCUGGAAAACCAGUUGCUUCUGCUGUAAAUGGUGGUACCCUUUCCACAGGUGCUGCUCCCAGUAAUCUUGAGAUUCAAGAAAGAAAUUCACCAAUGAUUAUGUCAAACUAUUGGAAAUAUCCUCCAAAUGGACCUUCUUUAGAAAUUGUUUGGAAGGGCUGCUUUGAGGUUCUUGAUUUUGCCCUCAAUGCUGGAUUUUAUGAGGGAUUUUUGGCUCAUCCUCCAGUAAAAGUUUCUCGUAAAGCUUAUGAAUUUUCAAAACAGAUUGCUGGAGUUCUGCAGUUUAAAUUGCACCCUCGUUGUGAUAUAUGGCCAGAGAAUUUCUGGACCAAUUUUCCUGAUGGGAAUGAUAUAGCUUUGUACUUUUACCCUGGAAAAUUUGAAAGGUCGAGAAAGAAAUACUCUUCCCUUUUGAAGUUCAUAGAACAGAAUGAUAUGGCACUGAAGAGUCUCAUGGGACGUGUGGAGUUACUUGUUUUUCCAUCUAGCUUGUUGCACAAAAAUUCCCAAAAACUAGAUGGCAGUUUCUUCAUGUGGGGUGUUUUUCGCUGUUCAAAUCGCAACACCAUUACUUGAAACUGCGCACUUUUCCUGCUGCCAUAUCCCCCACAGCUGCGUAGUAUGACUGUUAAAAGAAAGAUACAUGUUGAUCCAUUCUUCAAAGGAAUGAGACAGUUCAGGAAAGAUAAAUGUCAAUCACCAAAAAAGAGAUUCAACAAAAUGUAGCUGAUGAUCUGUUCUGCUGAGUAUGAUGAGGAAAUUGUGCCACCGUGUUGGUGAUUCAAGAAUACAGUU